AUGGCCUAUGACCGCUACGUUGCCAUCUGCAAACCCCUGCACUACGGGACCCUCCUGGGCAGCAGAGCUUGUGUCCACAUGGCAGCAGCUGUCUGGGGCGGUGGGUUUAUCAAUUCUCUCCUGCACACGGCCAACACAUUUUCACUACCACUCUGCAAGGGCAAUGCUGUGGACCAGUUCUUCUGUGAAAUCCCCCAGAUCCUCAAGCUCUCCUGCUCACGCUCCUACCUCAGGGAAGUUGGGCUUCUUGUGGUUAGUCUCUGUUUAGCAUUUGGGUGUUUUGCUUCCAUCGUGCUGUCCUAUGUGCAGAUCUUCAGGGCUGUGCUGAGGAUCCCCUCUGAGCAGGGACGGCACAAAGCCUUUUCCACGUGCCUCCCUCACCUGGUUGUGGUCUCCUUGUUUAUCAGUACUGCCAUCACUGCCAUGUUUGCCUACCUGAAGCCCCCCUCCAUCUCCUCCCCAUCCCUGGACCUGGUGGUGGCAGUGCUGUACUCAGUGGUGCCUCCAGCAGUGAACCCCCUCAUCUACAGCAUGAGGAACCAGGAGCUCAAAGAUGCCCUGAAGAAAGUGAUUUCAUGGAAAUUUUUCAAUACUGAUAAACUUCCAGUCGUUCUCCGCAAAUGA